AUGGCGGCACACGAUGAGGGCAGCACCGCUGAGAGCUUUAUUAAAAACUUUUUCUCAGUAUUAGAUGGGCACGAAGCCUCGCCGGCGUAUGAUGGUGAAAAACAGCAGUGUGAGGACACGGGGGGUCCGCUUCUACAUGCUAAGCAGCGGAAAACACUUGAAGGCAUUCUCCCGGUUUGGGUCCGUCUAUUAAGUUCAUCAUCACUCUCCAACCCACAGUGGGUGGCAGACACUAACAGGUUGCGCCCUCGUGUCAGUGGCCACACGCGCGCAGAUCCCUUUCUUACGGGUGCCAUGGCGGAUGGUUGGUUCAAUUUAUCCCACCUUGCGCCAGUGGUGACACCAUGGGCUCAUCCACGCCCACCAGAAGCUGCUGCGCGGUGCCGGGUGCUCCGCCACCUCCAGCGGCGUUACGAGUCAGCAGGGCGGCAAACUUUCGUGGAAGAGUUGCUAAAGAUUCUGCGGGAGCGCGUCGGUGGCAUGAGGAAAACGAUACGCCGAGAAGAUCUCACUUAUGCAAUGGAGCAAAUCGUAGCUGUUACAGCGGGCGACGUGAGAGUCAAAGAAGAGGGAGACGACAAGUGGCAGGAUGAUCGAAAGCCCACGGAAAUACCUGUGGAGUUGUUGGCGGAUGUACUCUUCAGUGAGUGGUGUUCGGUCGCAGAAGGUGAUGCAUCUUUCACAUCCACUAGCGUGCCGCUGCACGUGGUAGAGGCUGAUCUCAACACCUAUAAGAAAGCUGAUGGCAUCGGUUGUGACGACCGCGGCAAAAGUCUAGGUGUGAGUGAGGUGAAUUACAAUUCAAAUAAUUUCUCUGCCACAGUAGGCAUGUUAUCUGCUUUGGCAUGUGCGUCCCCAAUGACAAGUAAAGCGGGCCCGCAGGCUGACGCAAAGCAGCCCUUGCCGCCAGACCGAUCCAAGAAGAGAGCCAGAGAUUACGAUGACGAUGAUGAUGACGAAUGGGAAGAUGAUAGCGAGGAUGGAGAUGAAUGGGAGAACACUUCCACCACAGCUGUGGGUGGGUGUGCCUUUAAGACAUUCAUUGCGAAUAGCACCAGUACAUUUGAUGUACCUCUCGCGUCUGCUGUGCUGAGUCUUUACGACGUUUCCAGCAACACGGAUGGUGGUCACUGUGGAGAAGUAGCGCCGCAUGUCACACAAGCACGAUGUGAAACGUACUAUCGCCGUGGGCAGUUUCAGUGGUUUGUUUUAGGUGAGUCGAAACGACAUCGGUCCAUACUGGAGUCCAAAGUUAAGAAUCGUUAG